UUGGGGUGCCCACCAGACGUAACAUACCCCCAGCUUGUCUUGCAUCUCAGAAUGCCCAUCCCUCUGACCAAGGAAAGCGACGUCGAUGUGCUCGUCAUUGGCGCUGGGCCUGCUGGUCUGAUGUGUGCUCACGCUCUGGCUAAGGCCGGGGUGGACGUCAGGAUUGUAGACCAAAGGCCGAAGAAAGUGGCAGCAGGACAGGCGGAUGGCAUUCAGCCCCGAACGAUCGAAGUAUUCCAGAGUUAUGGUCUCGCCGAUCGUCUCUUACGUGAGGGGAAUCAAAUGCAUACGGCUGCAUUCUAUAAUCCAAGCAUAGACGGCGGAAUCGAGUGCACUGGACGAGCGCCAGACAUCAAUGCUCCCAACGCUCGGUAUCUAUUCGAGGUUACCCUGCAUCAGGGGGCGAUUGAAGCAAUAUUCUUAGACUCAAUGACCUCUUUGGGCAUUGAGGUUGAGAGACCUGUCAUGCCUACUUCCAUCGAGCUCUCUCAGGAUGAUGCGAUCCUGAAAGAUCCUAGUAUGCACGCGGUGAAGGUCGUGCUCAAGCAUCUAGACGUUCCUGAAGGCAAGCCUAACACCGAAAUCGUUCAUGCAAAGUUUGUUGUCGGUGGGGAUGGCGCACACUCAUGGGUCCGCAAAAGCUUCGAUAUUGCGAUGGAGGGAGAGCAAACUGGUGCGUUAGCCAGGCACUUAACGAAUCCAACGCAUUCAAGGCAAAACGUGACAGACUAUAUCUGGGGCGUGGUGGACAUGAUUCCCGAGACCGACUUCCCUGACAUUCGCAACCGAUGUGCGAUUCAUUCCAAUAAUGGCUCCUGCAUGGUCAUUCCCCGCGAGGGGGACACCGUGCGUCUGUACAUCCAGCUGGCAGACACGGACGCUGUAGAUGUCCAGACAGGGCGAGUGGACAAGAAUAAGAUGGGACCACAGAGGCUGCUUGAAGUCGCCAGGAAGUCCUUUCAUCCAUAUUCAAUAUCGACACUGCAUGACGUCCAAUGGUGGACGAUUUAUAUCAUCGGGCAACGUGUCGCCUCUCGCUUCUCGGUACGCGAGAGGGUAUUCAUCGCCGGUGAUGCAUGCCAUACGCACUCUCCGAAGGCUGGCCAGGGCAUGAAUGCCAGCAUGAACGAUACCCACAAUUUAGCCUGGAAACUCGCACAUGUCCUUCGCGGCUGGUCUAACAUAUCUCUCCUCCAAACUUACGAGUUCGAGCGUCGGAAGUAUGCCCAAGACUUGAUCGACUUUGAUAGAAAGUUCGCCGCUCUCUUUUCCGGCAAGCCCAGGACGGAGUCACAUCAAGAUGGCGUGACGCAUGAGGAAUUCUUAGAAGCCUUCCAGACAUUCGGCCUGUUCAUGAGUGGAAUCGGCGUCCACUAUCUCCCGUCAGCGGUGGUGCACACUCAGCAUCAAGCCUACGCAAGCAACCUCAUCAUUGGAGAGCGCAUGGUACCCCACGUCUUCGUGAGAGCGGCAGAUGCCCGGCCCUACGAGAUACAGGAUCUCCUCCCGGCAGACACGCGCUUCAAGAUCCUCGUGUUCACGGGAGACAUCCGCGACAAACUACAACCUGACCGCGUGACGAAGCUCGCCGCAGACAUGGAGCAGCCGAAUGCAUUCCUCAAGCGCUUCUCGAAAGGUGGCAUCGACAGUGUCUUCGAUAUCCUGUGCAUCAACGCCGGUAAGAAAGGAUCUCUGAAUUAUACCGAUUUUCCGGCAUUGUUGCGGCCGCAUUGGUCAAAGGUCUUAGUGGACGACACGGACAUGUACGGACGAGUAGGUGGCGGAGGGUACGAGAAGUAUGGUAUUGAUCUCCGAGGGGUGAUCGUCGUCGUGAGGCCGGAUGGUUUCGUUGGCAUGGUUGCUCCCUUCGAGGAGCUCGAGGAUAUAGCUUCUUAUUUCGCCUCGUUCAUGCAUGCGUCGUAGUGAGUUCGCGACUUGUAUGGAUUGUUAAGUCAUGAGGAGUCGUUGAUGUUGUCGCUCCGAGGACCUUACGUUCCUUGGGAGAACCAACUCUCACUUCGUACCCGUCGUGUACCGUGAUCAUUAUCCUGGGACGGAUUGUGACGAUUGUAUUGUACUCAAAUACUUCAACUGUUGCACUAUAUUGCCUAACUCUGAAUCUC